CAGGCUAACGUUCUCUCUGUUGUCGGUUAAGGAAAGUUUAACCUGCCUGAAGAAAAAUUUAGCUAUGCGAAAUUUCUGUAAAUGUAAAAGUUUUGCAUCAAUUCUGCAACAAUCUUGGUUAUGCCUUAAAACGCAGUGAUUGCAUGCUACAUUGAUUUUGAAAACGCUUGCGGGCAAAUUUUGGAAGGACAAACAACAUUCAAUGUCUCUCCGACAUCACGUACCCGUGAGACUUGUACAUGUCGUAGCUCUUCCGCUGUUACUUUUUCGAAUUUCUCGGAACUACAAGAUUCGGAAUUAUGGGAAAAGGCCAAUGACUGAUUCGCAUUUCUCGGAAAGACAGGAUCCAGGAAACGAUAGAGAUAUCGGAGAAGACGUGAUAUGUAAUUUAAUUCAUGUCUAGCUGGUCUCGACAUGAUUGACAUGAUGUCAGAGGUCGAAUGACAGUCAUUCCGUAUAAAAUAAAAAUAUUUUACCAGCCGUGAAGCCGGUAGUUCAAGUCAACCUUGUCUCGAGUCAACUGUGAGUCGAAUUGUUAUUUAUAAGUUAUGAAGCAAAAUAUGAUAAAAAAAAAAACGCCUCAGUUCUCAUCGAGGGACGUAUGGAGUUAACUUCUUUGAAUUGGAAAAUUUGUAAUUCUGAACACGUCAGAUACACAGGUAGAAUCCCCUUCGAAAGUUAACGUCAUAAUGUGAUUUUUCCGAGAAAGAAAGGAACUCACACUGGAAAGAUUACUUUCGAUAUCAGCAUUUCCGAGAAAUCCAGGAACGCGUCCAAAAGGCCUACUUACUCUGCUCCCCUGGAGUAGCUAUGUCGUCCCCUUUUUGUGCGUGAAGAACUGGGUCCAAGGUAACAGACCCAAACAAAGAUGGCGUCUGUGUUUUCUCUCCCGACUUAACUUGCCAUAUGAUGAUUGCUCUUUCUUUGAAGCCGAAUUGUAGAAAGUUGAAUCAUGGAAAGUUGAACUGGUAGUUUUGAACUACAGCUGGUUGUUUUUUUUUGUUUAACGUGAAAAGGUGGGAUGGAGGAAUCAAAGACGGACUCGAGGUAUUCAGUUGACCAUCAGUAAGUUACUUGAAACGAAAUGUCAUUUGGUGGAAAGUCGUUCAAGAGGGAAGAGCUUCGUAUGAAACUAGAGCUUCAGAAGCUAACAAAACAAUCCAAGAAUGAAUUCUCAGGCUUGAAUCCGAACGACAAGUCCAAAUUUCUUGAGAGCAGUUUGAAAACUGCUUUGGCGCUUAAAAACCAACCAAUAAAACGGAGUCGUCCCGCGAAAAGCAAGCAAAAAGUGACAGGUAUAGAAAACAACGAAUCAGAUGGUGAGGUUCCUCCACCAAGUCCUUCAAUUGAUUUAGCUCCAGAGCUGAGAUCAACGCCAGACUCGGAGAUACAUGCAAAGGCUGUUGCUGGAGUGGACUGCUUUGGUGCUGAUUUGAGGAGUUCUGAUUUGUUCUCCCGAUCUACUGGUGUAGCUUCUAUCCGAUCGAAAGUCGACUUGAAUGUUGUAAUGUAUGGAAGGGGACUUCAAGAAGAGACUAGUGCAGUGAUAAAAACAAGGGAAAAGAAAUCAGCGAAAAAACCACAAUCAGCUAGAUCCAGAAGUCCUAGAAGUCCUGCACCUCAGGCUCAACACAGGAACAUUCAAACCAAGAAACCAGCAAUAAUAGGCUCUCAAAGCACUACAGUAGCAGUCCAGCUUACACCACGCCCAGCACAGAAACAACGGACAACCUCCAGGGCAUCACAGCAAGGAUCAGUGAGAAGUGGUGCUUCAUCCGCCAAGGACAAGGAAAUUUUGAAGGCAGGGUCACCUACUGUGGAUGAAGAUGAGGGUGAGGCUGACUCAGCUCUUGUAACUGAGGCCAAUUCAGAUAAGGAUGACAGGCCAAAAGAGGUGAAGGUCCAUACAAGGUCAGAAGAUGCAUCUGGUGAUACACAUGACCAAGAAGCUGAUGUGAAAGAUGAAACCAGAACUGUGCAAGUUGCUUUUGAUUUGGUUGAAAAUGUUGAACCAGUUGAUAAAACAUCCAAUGGCAAAAAUGAUGAACAGGAUGAGAAUGAAAAAGCUGAAAAACAUUUUAUCACUUCUGAAGUCUUAAAAACCUCAAUUUCUGCUCCAGCACUAGCCAGUGGGAAAAUGGCUGUUGACUCUGAGGAAGAUUCACCAAUGAAUAGGAUCCACUCAGAGAUUCUUGAGCUGACAAGGAGAAUCAGUCAACCAGAGGUAGGUUUACUGAACUUAAUCAGAGCUACUGAAGAAGCAGAAAAUGAAGCAAAAAGGCUACAGGAGAUGGCUUCUGCAGCUUCUCCAGCCAGAGAAAGCUUGUUACUGCGAGCAAUGGCUGAGCGUGGAGGCACUGGCUUCUCAAUCCAGGGAGCUCUGCGAGGCUUGUCUCCUCGUGAUCCAAAGCAGCUGACAUCUACCAGUCCCAUGAUGCCAAAACCACCUGUCCCUGCUGUUAAAACUAAGUUGCAGAGUGAUGAAACAAACAGAGCCAGGGUCUCAGUGGAAGAGAAGGAAAGCUCAAGUACAAGCCCAAAGAAAGACAGGGGAAUGGCAAUGAACAGUGAGAUGAGUGCUCCUGCUGAAAUUAACGCCAAACCACAAGAAGCAGAACUGCCGCAGACUGCUAGUAAAGGAACAGUAACAAGGAGGAGUGGAGUGACUGAGAUGGAUGUGUCAGGUUCUCCAUCUCUCACGUCUUUGACAAGACAAGGACUUGCCAGUCAGAAAACUAUGACAACAGAACAGGCCAUGGAGUGCCUAUUACUUCCUUCUGAAGUAGUUCCAGAAGACAUCAUCAGCAUUAAAGGUCAACAGUUUGAAAUGGUGUCUAAACAGUCUCCUGCCCUGGCAACUGCUCCAGAUUCAGAGAAACAGUGGAUUGAUCUUAAACAAGACAAAACUGUGAUGUUUUUGGAUUCGUGGGAAGUGAAGGAAAAGAAAGAAAAAGAAAAUGACCAAAAGCCUGUCAAGACUCACAACAUUCACCAUUUCUGUACCAUGCCAUCCAGAGUGGAACUACCUCCUCAUCUAUGCAGAUUGACAAGAGAUGAACAUACAAGCAAUAAAUAUCGUAAACUGACAGAGAAGACGAUGGAGGUUUUACAGGAAGAGGAAGAGGAAACUGGAGAUGAAAAAGAGCCAGAGAAACCAAGUAGAGCUGUUCAGCAGCGACGGUGGUCAGUUGUGGCCCAAAGGAUUCUGGAUGAAGCUUUGGUGGCUGGUGAUGAUGAGGAGACUUUCAAUAGGUUGAAGAGAGCUUCAGAUGAUUUGUUCUCAGUUGAACAAGAGCAAUCACUUGACAUUGUUGGUGUUAAAAUAGAACUGAAAGAUGAUAGCUCCAGACUCUACUGGACACCAGCUCCACCUAAAAUGAACCUGGCGCCUGCCACCAUCAAGUCACAGCUGUACCCAGAGUAUCAGGGGGCAGCUUUACUGCAGGAGAGCCUUGGUGCUGACGUCCGCACUGCCACAGGCAUGGACAGUGAAGACAACAAUGAAACUGAAGCUGAAAUGGAAGCAGAUGGCAUAAGAUACAGAGUUCUGAGCCGAACACACGAGUCCAUGACAGAUCUAAGAAAGCUUUUGGCCGAAUCAGUAGAACACAGGCCCAAAACGGAUUUAGGAGGAGAGGGACGUGCUGAUCGGUUCAGUGCGCAGCUUGGAGGAAUGGGCGAGACAGACCAACAAGGCGGCCCAAGCAGAUUUGUCUCUGUGCUUGACAAGAGGAGACAGGACAAUAAAGAAGACGACACAGACGAAAGAGAAGAGGAAUGGAAUGGUCAAGAAGAGAACUUAGCUGAAGAGAAAGAGGAGACAGGAUUCGUUUACUUUAGAUCGGCGUCACAACCUUUGUUAUCUAUUGGCGACAAGGAUCUGAAAGUUCAAGCGGGUUAUGACGUCAGCAUGAAUGAGUUGAAUUACCAGCGUGAACAAGUCGCUGCCAUCAAAGAAAAGCAGCAAGAAAAACAUGAAAUUGAAGACAGCAUCCUUCCUCAGGAAUCCUCAGCCCCAACGAAAACUACUCCCGCCGAGCACAGUACUGUUUUGGACUUGUCUCACGAGUUGGAUACUGAUGAGGGAAGGACAGAUGCAGGUGAUAGUAUGUCGAUACAAACAGGCACAACUGGUCCAACAAGUCGUAGGAGAAUCCCUCACCAACGAAGAGUGAAGAAAAAGACUAAGAGAGAGUUGGAAAGAGAACGGGCAAUAAGAGAAUUCUUGAAUCAACCGGCAAGGAAAUUAGUCAGAUGCAGGUCAUUCACUGAAGUGAGAUUCUUGGCCGAGGAAACAAUUACAGAAAGAAGGGAAAGCAUCAGUACAAGCGCUGAACUGAUGAGAGUUAAUAGCGAACCUGCACUUUUUGACUUCGACAACGUUUUCAAAAACGAGUUCACCGGAUCAGACAUAGAAAACUUUGAAGAAGUACGUGAACGCCUCUGGUAUGUUUGGUUUGACGAAGUUUAUCCUCCUACACCUGCAUUGCCCGAAAUAAAAUUUGACCUGCAGAGUUUUGCAUCUCCAAGACCACCAACUCCAAGCAAGUCCUCAGCGGUAGUUAUUGACAAUAACAUAUUGGACGAUAUACAAGUUAUUGAGCCGGAGAUUCAAAGCUCAAACCAAGAAUUGUACCAGGCUCUUCAAGAGGAAGUCGACCGACUUACUGAUUUGAUAGACACAACUCAGGGAAAAGAAUCUUUAGCCAUUCAUUUAUGCCGACGAGGGGCUGUCUACCGAAAGCUUGGACAUCUAAAGAAAGCUUGGGAUGACUUAAACAGAUCUAUUGAACUGGAACCAAAACUGCUGGACGCGUAUUGGCACAGACACCUGCUUUAUCUCCUACAAGAUAACAGAAAGUUAGCUCUGGAGGACUUGUCUUUCAUCAUCAAGAACAGCAGCAGUCAAGCCCGAGCAUUUCGAUCCAGAGCGGAACUAUAUCGGCAAGAAAACGAUGCAACAAUGGCCAUUGUCAAUUACUCCCAGGCGAUCAGGUUGAAUCCUGAUGAUGCCGAGACCUACUACCAGAGAGCAGCUAUGUUUAAAAUGCGUGGCGAUUUGAUUUUAGCUCUUGAAGAUUAUAAGAUUGCAGCGAAGCUUUUGCCUUCGAAGACGGAUGCCAUGUUCGAGAUAGGCCUGUUUCGUUUUCAAAACGAAAACUGGACUGCUGCCCUUAGAGAUUUUACAGAGAUUCUCCAGCAGGACCCAGAAGACUCUAAGGCUUAUACUUACAGGGCAAGAGUGUAUGCCAAGAUGGAUGACUUCGAGGCUGCAUUGAAAGACCUAGCCGCUGCUGUUCAUUAUGAUCCUAACAAUGCAGUGGCAUUCUAUCACAGAGGAUGUUUGUUGAGAAAAGUACAUCCGAGGAGAGCUCUGCAGGAUUUGAGUGUGUCUCUCCUUCUUGAUAGCUCUGAAGAUAAUGUCAAAGCAUUUCUGCAUCGGGGAAUUUUGUACACCGACUUGAAAAGAUGGGAGGAUGCUGUUCCUGAUUUUGAGGCUGCUCUUCAACUGGAUUCCAGUUUAGCUAGUGCUCAUGUCAACAUCGGUUUGAUUUACAUCAUCAAAAACAGCAAUUACCACAAAGCCGUUCGUCGUUACACAGCAGCCAUUCGAGUGGAUCCGACAUACAUCAGAGCUUACAUCUGCCGAGCCGAAGCUUAUCACAAACUCCACAUGACUCAAGAUGCCAUUCUGGAUUAUACAAGAGUCAUUCACAUGAGACCGGACGUAUCAGACUACCACAUGGCCAGGGGAAAACUGUUAUUGGAGCAAAACAAGUUAGAGCUUGCAAGUUUUCACGUCAGGCAAGCUGCAGACUUGAACCGAGGUCUGGGAGCAUCGGCAACUCAACAAGCGGUGGUUCAAAGCUUCUUGAAAAAUUUCGACCAG